CUCAAGUCCGACAUAAGCCACUGAGCCUCUCCGCACACACUCACACAGUCUCUCUCUUUCUCUCCCCACAUUCCACAGUCCCAACAGUGGAGAGAGAAAUGAUGAGAUGAGAUGAGAUGAGACAGAUUAGAGAUACAGACACUGCCAUUACUGACGUCUACGGUUUCCUCUUCUUCCAACUAGCUCACAGCCAAAAAGCAACGAACACAACAAAGUGAAGCAUACCUCCGUUUCUCCCUUUUGUCCCCAUUCUCGCCUCCGUACUCAUCCUCAAAGUCUGUUUUGGGUAAUUGAGAUCAGCAGUCAAAGAAAUGGAUGGAAAUCAUCAAAUGGAGGUGCAUUACAUGAAUACUUUUGGCUAUCCUUAUAAUGCUUCAGACAGUUUUGUGGACUUUUUUGGAGGUCUUCCACAAGCCCCUUUACCUUAUAUUCACCCUCCUCCACCAAUGCCUCAUGAUCAUCAGGAAUCUGCAUAUUGGUCAAUGACUAUGAAUUCUUACAGAUUUGGGUUAUCUGGCCCAGAAAAUGCUCCCUAUUAUAGCCCUUAUAUUGUAAAUGAUGACUUUAUGAGGAUGGACUACAACCGGAGACCAUGGGAUUAUCCUUCUGUUAUGAAUAUACAAGAACCGCCAGUUGUAGAUAUGCCUUCGGAAGAGAUCCAAGCCCCCAGUAUGGAGGCGAACCCAGCCCCCAGUAUGGAGGCCAUCCCAGAAGAAUCUCAAACCUCUGCAGACAACAUUAAUCAGCAAGAUUCUGGUGGUACUCAGGCUGUUUGGGAAGAUAAUAUUGAUCCUGACAACAUGACUUAUGAGGAAUUACUUGAGUUGGGCGAAGCAGUUGGGACUGAAAACCGGGGACUUUCACAAGAACUUAUUGAUUUACUUCCGACCUCAAAGUACAAAUCUGGGGGAAUUUUCUCCAAAAAAAGAUCUACUGAGAGAUGUGUCAUCUGCCAAAUGAGGUACAAAAGAGGGGACCGGCAAAUAAAUUUGCCAUGCAAACAUGUAUACCAUGCCCAUUGUGGAUCGAAAUGGCUCAGAAUUAACAAGACAUGCCCAAUAUGCAACACUGAAGUAUCAAGUGAAGAAUCCAACCAAUGAAGAUUUCAAAUAUCAAAUGGCAAAAUAGAUUAACAUCUGCAAAGUUUUAUAGAUCUGCAAUAGUUUUCCCCUUUUAACAUACAUAGAGCUAGUUUAUUUUUGACCUUGUUGUUAUAGUUGGGUUUAGAAUUUUGUAAUGUAGAAGUUUAUAGUAGCUUUUUGUACAAGGGAAGCAAUGGAACAGGAAGCUUGAAGGAUAUAGGUCCUUGAAUGCUUAUUGAUGAUUAGCUCCAUGCUGUCUUCAACAGUUUUAUUGAUUAGCUUGAUAGCUUCAGGGGAAAUAUAUUUCUUGCUGCCGGAAGCUAAUGGAAAAAGUUGAUCGAUUUGCUUCA